CAUAUCUAUAUAUACAUACGAAUAUUUAUAUACUUAUAUACAUCACACAAUGAGCCCCUUUGGCUCAAAAAAGAACCGUUCCUUGCCCGUCCGGGUGAGCACUUUUGAUUCGGAGCUAGAAUUUGAUCUCGAACCGCGAGCAUCUGGUCAGGACCUAUUCGAUCUGGUCUGUCGCACAAUUGGUUUACGUGAAUCCUGGUAUUUUGGUCUCCAAUAUGUGGACACACGCAGCAAUGUUUCAUGGUUGAAAAUGGAUAAAAAGGUCAAAGAUCAGCGAAUCGAAUUGCAUGCCAACAACAAUUUUUAUAUCUUUAGUUUCUAUGCCAAAUACUUUCCCGAGAAUGUCAGUGAGGAGCUCAUCCAGGAGAUAACCCAACAUUUGUUCUUUCUGCAAGUGAAACAAAGCAUUCUCUCCAUGGAUAUCUAUUGCCGGCCAGAGGCAUCUGUUCUGCUGGCCUCCUAUGCGGUGCAUGUUCAAUAUGGUCCCUAUGACUAUGAGAGCUACAAGGAUGGCAUGUUAGCUGGCGGUGAGCUACUGCCCAAAGGUGUUACAGAUCAGUAUCAAAUGACUCCAGAAAUGUGGGAGGAACGUAUCAAGACAUGGUAUAUGGACCACGAGCCCAUGACCCGGGAUGAGGUGGAAAUGGAGUAUUUAAAAAUUGCCCAAGAUCUGGAUAUGUAUGGAGUCAAUUAUUUUCCUAUUACUAAUAAGAAUAAAACCAAAUUAUGGCUGGGAGUUACUGCCGUUGGACUGAAUAUUUACGAUGAACGUGACAAGCUAACGCCAAAGACAACGUUCCAAUGGAAUGAGAUACGACAUGUUAGUUUCGAUGAUAAAAAAUUCACCAUACGCCUAGUGGAUGCCAAAGUAUCCAAUUUUAUAUUCUACUCACAGGACUUGCAUAUUAAUAAAAUGAUACUCGAUCUUUGUAAGGGAAAUCAUGAUCUUUAUAUGCGACGUCGCAAACCGGACACCAUGGAAAUCCAACAGAUGAAGGCUCAGGCCAAGGAGGAGAAACAGCGUCGCCAAAUUGAACGCAAGAAAUUCAUACGUGAAAAAAAGCUGCGCGAGAAGGCUGAACAUGAACGCUAUGAGCUGGAAAAGCGAUUGGAACAUCUGCAGGAUGAGAUGCGUAUGGCAUCGGAUGCACUACGCCGUUCUGAGGAGACCAAGGAACUAUAUUUUGAAAAAAGUCGCGUCAAUGAAGAACAAAUGCAGUUAACAGAAUGCAAGGCGAAUCAUUUCAAAACCGAAAUGGAUCGUUUGCGUGAACGGCAAAUGAAAAUUGAACGAGAGAAACAUGACCUGGAGAAGAAGAUCAGAGAUGCGGAUUUCUAUGUACAUCAGCUAACGGUGGAGAAUGAUAAACGUGAAGCGGAAACGGAGAAGCUGAAAAAGGAAUUGAUUUGUGCCAAAAUGGCUGAACGUGAGGCCACCGCCCGAUUGCUUAAUUUCCUAAAUAGCGGCCGUAAGUCCUCCACCGACAGCCUGCUAACGGCCUCGACUGUAUCGAAUGCGGUGAAUAAUGCAUCCAGUAUUGCAGCGAUUAGUACUCCAUCGUUAACCACGAGUAGCUCCACCAAUGAUAUGGUCACAGUUGGCGGUGCUGAUUUAACCAUCACACAUCCCUAUCAUCUCGUGAUGGGUGAUAAUUCCAGUGGCAUUUCCGAUGACUUUGAGCCCAAGGAAUUCAUUUUAACUGGCAAUGAAAUGGAACAAAUAACCAAUGAAAUGGAAAGCAAUCAUUUGGAAUAUUUACGUAAGACAAAGAAUCAAGUGCAAAAUCAAUUGCAGACAUUACGCUCAGAGAUUGCACCGCAUAAAAUUGAAGAAAAUCAGAGUAAUUUCGAUAUACUCAGUGAAGCGCAAAUAAAGGCAGGCGAGAAUAAAUACUCUACACUUAAAAAGCUCAAAUCGGGUUCGACCAAGGCGCGUGUGGCCUUCUUUGAGGAGCUCUGACCAAUUAUUUUUACAUAGUUUGUAGAAAUUUUCAUCAUCAAUCAAUCAUCAAUCAAAAUGUGGUAUCCAUUUAUUGUGUCUAUGUGCUAUAUAUAUGUAUGUAUGUGUAUAUAUGUCUUCUUCUCAUUUGGAUGUAUUAUGUGUAUAUGUCUUUAUAGAUAUAGGAUUUGUAUACUCAAAAGCCACUGCUGUAAUAAAAAAAAAAAGAUGUAAACUCAUUGAAAAGAGAAAUAAAACGACAAAGGCACAUGGCCAAUAAGAUAUUGGCAGGGCCAACAAAAAAUGAA